GCGAGAUUAACGGCUCCCGAGAUGGAGAGCGCUGAAUGAAAAAACUCACGAAGCUCAGAAAACCGCUUUGGUAAAUUUUCGGUUCGAGCAAAGAUGAUCGCAGCUGCCGGUGCUGGUCACUGCUGGAGCUUGAAGACUGGUUCUUCCGCUCUCCUCCUUCGUCCGCGCUCGUCCUCUUCGCCUCUCGCCAAGACGCUCCCUCCGCGUCCUCGCCUUCCGAGGAACCGCAACCCCAUCUCGUGCUCGCGCGGAGGAGACGACGAUGCUCCGGCGAGCGGCGGCGGCGGCGGCGGCGGCGGGAGCGCCGGUAGAGCGAAAGGGUCGGGGACCACCGCGAGGGCGCGGCGGCUGCUCAAGAUCCGCGAGGAGAAGCGGAGGCGCGAGCACGACCGGCUCCACAGCUACCCGGCGUGGGCCAAGGUUCUGGAGGACGCCUGCAAGGACGACACCGGGCUGCGCGCCCUUCUUGGUGAUAGCAUCGGCAACCCCGAGCUCAUGAGGAGAAGGGUUGAAGAACGAGUGAGAAAGAAGGGUCGAGAUUUUAAAAAAUCUAAGACUGGAUCGGUCCUCGCUUUCAAAGUUAGCUUUAGAGAUUUCAAUCCUGCUGAAUCUUACAUAUGGUUUGAACUCUAUGGAUCUCCAUCAGACAGGGAUGUUGAUCUAAUUGGAAGUGUUAUUCAAUCAUGGUAUGUCAUGGGGCGCCUGGGUGCCUUCAAUUCUUCUAAUAUGCAGCUGGCAAAUAUGUCAAUGGACUAUGAUCCUCUCUAUGAUGCUGACAAGGGUACAAAUGCGAUGCCAUCAUCAUUCCAUGAUAUCAGUGAUGUGGAGUUCCAGGACAACUGGGGUCGUUUUUGGGUAGACCUCGGUACCUCUGAUUACUUUGCUGUUGAUGUACUCCUAAACUGCUUGACAGUUUUAAGCUCAGAGUACUUGGGCAUUCAACAAAUCGUUUUUGGUGGUCGGCGCAUGGGUGACUGGGAAGAAGGGAUGACCAGUCCAGAGUAUGGAUAUAAGUACUUUAAGAUUUGAUUUAUGUGUGAUUAUUGUUUAAAUGAUCCAUGCUUUAUGUACAUUCUUACACCUUGGCUAGAGCACAUAGGUAAAAAGUCCUGGUUUUGGAAAGUGGAUUUUGAUUGCAAGUCAAUUGCCGACUAAGAGCAUUGGAGUUUUGUUGAAGAGUGGGGAGUCAAAUAAGUAAUAACAUGACGAUGCUGGUUCAUCUAUCCCGAAUCCCUGGUUCUUACAUGAAUAUCAUUCACUAUGGUCUUACUUUCUGAGAA